UGGGGUGUGUUUAGGACAUCGGAAGACCCCAAACCAAGGACAUUCACCGAGGAAGUUUACAGAGCAAGGUUUAAGCAACAUAUACCCGAGAACGCGAAAAAAUAUAUAUAGAUAUAUAUUUUUUUCAAUUUUCUUGCAACCAAGAACACGAUUUUGGAAUCUGUUUAUUUUAAAUCAUUAUUAUUACUAUAUUGGCUUUCAUUGGACCAUAACGUUCCUGAUAUCCCUUUAAGUCUUUAGUGGAUCGUUGCAUCUUGCAGACCUGCAUUUUUAUAAUGGGUAGAAGCGUGGCACGGUUGUGCUCAGUGCUAGCGCUCGUUCUGUCUCUGUCCCGUGCACAGGAUGCCAGCAUCAACGGGACAGAUCAAGACAUUCCAGAGGGUGCUUCUACCUUGGCGUUCGUUUUCGAUGUGACGGGCUCUAUGUAUGACGAUUUGAUGCAGGUUAUUGAAGGUGCCUCCAAGAUUUUGGAAACUUCCCUGAACAGACCAAAGAAGACUUUGUAUAACUUUGCUUUAGUGCCUUUCCAUGAUCCGGAGAUUGGACCAGUCACUAUUACCACAGAUCCAAAGAAGUUCCAGUAUGAACUCAGGGAGCUUUAUGUACAGGGAGGUGGAGAUUGUCCAGAGAUGAGCAUUGGCGCGAUCAAGAUUGCUCUGGAAAUCUCUCUGCCUGGAUCUUUUAUCUAUGUCUUCACAGAUGCCAGGUCCAAAGACUACAAACUCACCCAUGAAGUCUUGCAGCUCAUCCAGCAAAAGCAGUCUCAGGUUGUGUUUGUGCUUACUGGAGACUGUGAUGACCGUGGCCACAUUGGUUACAAAGCCUAUGAGGAGAUUGCCUCGACCAGCUCAGGGCAGGUCUUUCAUUUGGACAAGAAGCAGGUCAAUGAGGUGCUCAAAUGGGUUGAAGAAGCAGUCCAGGCCUCCAAAGUCCAUCUGCUGUCCACCGAUCACACCACAGGGGUGACAAACACCUGGCAGAUCCCCUUUGACCCCAGCCUGAAGGAAGUCACUGUUGCUCUUAGUGGCCCAGCCCCAAUGAUUGAGAUCCGAGACCCACUGGGAAAAUUGAUAAUGAAAGACAUUGGCCUGAAUGAGUUGCUGCAUAUCCCAAACUCUGCCAAAGUAGUGAACAUCAAGGACCCAGUCCCUGGGAUGUGGUCCAUAAAGACAUCCAGCAGUGGAAGACAUUCAAUUCGUAUUUCAGGCCUUAGCACCAUUGACUUCAGAGCUGGGUUUGCAAGAAAGCCUACACUGGAUUUCAAAAAGACUCUAAGCAGGCCUGUGCAAGGAAUCCCCACCUUUGUCCUCCUAAACACCACUGGAAUCACCCCCCCUGGAAGAGCUGAUCGUCUGGAGCUCCUCAGCAUCUCAGGUGCAGUCCUCAAGACCAUCCCCAUCCGCUUCUACCCCAAACGCAACCCUUACGGCAUCUGGAACAUCACCGAAUUCAUCCCUCCCAAUGAGGCUUUCUUCAUGAAGGUGACUGGCUAUGACAAAGACGAUUUCCUCUUCCAGCGAGUCUCCAGUGUCUCAUUCUACAGCAUUACCCCAGAGGCACCGAAGGUGACUAUGCCUGCACGGACUCCUGGUUACUACUUAGAGAGUGGAACUCUCUCCUGCUCAGUGGAAAGUCUGAUACCCUUCACAUUACGCUUCAGCAGAGGCGGGACUAAACUUGGAAUGGAUCAGUUCUUCAGGGAGUCUGCAGAUGUCUCCUGGGAGAUUGCUCGGGUCACUGUGGAAGAUGAAGGAUACUAUGAAUGUAUCGCCAUCAACAGUGUGGGCACUGGCCGUGCCCAGACCUAUCUGGAUGUCUCAGAGCCUGCCCCUACUAUUAAGGUGCCCAACAAUGUGACAGUGACUCCUGGUAGCAGAGCAGUGCUGACCUGCCUCACCUCCAGCACGGUGCGAUACAACCUGACCUGGAAACGGAACGGUGCAGAUGCCGGGGUGAGUGAACCAUUGCGGGUCCGCAUCAUGGGCAGCCUGUCCCUGGAGAUCCGCCACGUCAAGCCCUCAGAUGCUGGAGAGUACAGCUGCAUCGCUGCCAAUGAAGGGGGGGCAACAGUCGCUGGUGUAUACCUCACAGUUCAAGAACCCCCACAAGUUAGCGUGGAGCCCAGGAAUCAGACUUUCAUUACUGGGCAAGAAGUUCAGAUCCGCUGCUCUGCAAGAGGCUACCCAACACCGCAGAUCGUCUGGACACACAACGAUAUGUUUAUCAUGGGCUCCAUCAGGCACCGGCUGAUCCCAGAUGGCACCCUGAUCAUCAGUAACACGGUUCAGAGACAUUCAGGGGUCUACAGCUGCCUGGCUAGCAAUCCUGCCGGCACAGACAGACAGACUUCCAUUCUCACUUACAUUGAGGCCCCAAAGGUUACUGUAGUCCAGAAGGAAAUUUUGAUUGGACUGGGGGACACCACUGUCAUGGAGUGCAAAGCCACUGGGCUCCCAGAUCCUGAAGUACAAUGGUAUAAAGGAGACCUACAGCUGAGGCCCUCUGCCUUUGUGAGCAUCAAUGGCCUGCAUGGAAUCUUGAGGAUCAAGGAAACACAGGAUGUGGAUGCGGGGGACUAUACCUGUGUGGCCAUCAAUGAUGCCGGGAGCGCUAGAGGACAAGUCACCUUAGAUGUUGGCUCUGCACCAGAAUUUACACAGGAACCAAUAGACAUCUCUGCUGACAUUGGCUCCAACAUAAGCCUGCAGUGCCAGGCCCAGGGAUACCCUCAACCCAGGAUCAAGUGGAGACGGCUGGACAAUGCUUCCCUCUUCUCUAGGCCCUUGGCUGUCAGUUCAAUCAGCCAGAAGAGGACAGGGAGCCUAGUUAUUAACAACCUUUGGGUAGAUGAUGAGACUACUUACGUCUGCGAAGCUGAGAACCAGUUUGGGAGGAUCCAAAAACAGGCUACAGUUACAGUCACUGGACUCGUGACCCCUGUAAUUGGAAUCAGCCCAGCGGUGGUGAACGUCAUUGAGGGACAGCAGGUCACCCUGCCCUGUGUGCUGUUGUCUGGAAAGCCACUGCCAGAGAGACGUUGGCUUAGGAACGAUGGGGUGCUGAGCCCCAGCCCCUACCUGACAAUCCGCCGAGACGGGAGUCUGCACAUUGAACGUGUCCGGAUGCAGGAUGGGGGGGAGUACACCUGCGUGGCCCGCAACGUGGCAGGAACCAAUAACCGGACCACCAGCGUUAAGAUCUUUGUUCUUCCAACAAUACAGCAUGGACCCCAAGUAUUCAGCACCAUCGAAGGGGUCCCAAUAACAUUACCCUGCAGAGCAAGUGGAGUGCCCAAACCUGACAUUACCUGGUCCAAGAAAGGUCAGCUAAUAGACCUCAGUGGCAGUUCAUUCUCACUGGUCCCUGAUGGUAGUCUUCACAUUGCCUCACCCACUGGGGAAGAAACAGAUGAAUUUUUGUGCACAGCUAGCAAUGCCGCGGGCUACACAUCCAGAAAAGUACAGCUGACUGUUUAUGUGAAGCCGAGGGUCUCUGGUCCUGGCAGGGAAGGUCAGGGGGGAGGAGGGUCAGGAGUCAGCAUGGUGGAGAUCUCGGUCACAGCAGGGGAGGACAUCACUCUGCCCUGUGAGGUCCAGAGCAUCCCUCCACCCAUAAUCACCUGGGCCAAGGACCUGCAAUUCAUCUCCCCUUUCUCGCCUAGACACACCCUGCUCCCUUCUGGGUCGAUGAAGAUUAUUGAGACAAGAGUGUCAGACAGCGGGAUGUACUUGUGUGUUGCUACAAACAUAGCUGGCAACAUUACUCAGGCAGUGAAACUCAAUGUAAAUGUGCCUCCAAAGAUCCAAGCUGGUCCUCAGGUGUUCAAAGUCCAAGUUGGGCACACCAUUGACAUCCCCUGCAUUACCCAGGGAGAUCCUUCUCCAGUAGUCAGCUGGUUGAAGCACGGCUUCGCCCUGCUGUUGGAUGGAUCGCAGUUCAGCAGUGCCCCUGAAGGCACCCUGACCAUCUCAGGGGUCACCCUCUCUGAUGCUGGGGUCUAUAAGUGCAUUGCCAGCAACACAGCUGGCCAGGAUGAGGCAGAGAUCGAGCUGCAGGUUCAAGUUCCUCCAGUUGUUGAAGACCUGGAUCCCCCAUACAACACCCCAUUCCAGGAGAGGGUAGCUAACCAACGCGUUGCAUUCCCCUGUCCAGCUAAAGGUACUCCAAAGCCCACCAUUAAGUGGCUUCGCAAUGGGCAGGAGUUGACUGGCAACGAGCCGGGUGUGUCGAUCCAGGAUGACGGCACACUGCUGAUCAUCUCUUCAGUGUCUCCACAAGACAAUGGCGAGUAUGUCUGUGUGGCCAUCAAUGACGCUGGCACCACCGAGAGGAAGUACCAGCUCAAAGUGCACGUUCCCCCAGAUGUGCGUGAUAGUGAGAAGCCAGACAAUGUGUCAGUGGUGGUGAACCAGGCCAGCAGUAUCUCGACUGCCUUCCCUAUAUUAUGAAUAUAUUAUUUGCAGGUUGUUGGAAGCAGUGCUGUUCAAAUCCUCCAUGAAGGUAAAACCCUGAGACUGCUGAAGGCAACUACGAGAGACGCAGGCCUAUACAGCUGUAAGGCCAUCAACAUUGCUGGGAGCUCAGAGAAACAGUUUAACCUGGACGUACUGGUUCCACCCAGUAUAACUGGUUCUUCCUCUACCAAUGAGGUCUCUGUGAUCCUGAACCAUGAAGCCAGCCUGGAGUGUAAGGUCAAAGGAGUCCCGUUCCCCACUGUUCAGUGGUACAAGGACAAGAAACUUUUGUUCCUGGGAGACCCCAACAUUGAGGUGUUGAACAAAGGGCAGGUGCUAAAGAUCAAGAGCACUCGUCUGGGUGACCAGGGCUGGUACCAGUGCAGUGUGGUCAACACUGCUGGGAAACAGGCCAAGGACUUCAAACUGAACGUCUACGUGCCCCCCAGUAUUAAAGGGGGUAAUGUGACCACUGAGCUGUCGGCCCUCCUCAACACCCCAGUGACACUAGAAUGUGAGACCCGAGGGGUCCCCCUGCCUGCCAUCACCUGGUACAAAGACAGCAGCCCCCUCACCUCCAGUCCCCAGGCUUUGUACGUCGACAGGGGGCAUUUUCUGCAGAUCCCUCAGGUGCAGGUGUCUGACGCUGGCCACUACUCCUGCCGCGUGACUAGUGUUGCUGGGAAUGCUGAGAAGCCCUAUGAACUGGAUGUAUAUGUUCCCCCCACAAUUGAAGGAGGCUCAGACGCCCCCAUUGAGAAGAAGGUGUUAGUCAGUAACUCAGUGACACUGGAGUGUGAAGCAGGGGGGCACCCGCCACCUAAGUUGACCUGGCUGAAGAAUGGAGCGCCGGUCAAGACCAGCGGCAAUGUCCGAAUAGUUAAGGGUGGGAAGAAAAUUGAGAUCCUGAACGCAGCUGUGUCGGAAUCUGGGAGUUACAUGUGUGUGGCAACCAGUGUUGCUGGUGAAAAGGCGAUCACAUAUAACGUCAGUGUUUUAGUUCCACCAUCUGUAGACGGGGGGGAUGAGACCACAGAUACUACUGUCAUCCUCAACAGCCCACUGGAACUGGAGUGCCGUGCGAGAGGAACACCACCACCUCACAUCAGGUGGCUGAAGGACGGUCAACCAGUUACUCAGAGGCAAGGGGUGAAGAUUGUGUCUAAUGGGAGCAAGCUGUUGAUCUCUCAUGCCCAAGUCUCUGGGCGUUAUCAGUGUGUGGCCACCAAUGAGGCCGGGGACCAUAUGAGAGAGUUUGAUGUUUCUGUUCUUGUUCCUCCCACAAUCCAAUCAACAGGCUCUUCGGAGCGGUCUGUGGUGGUGCACAAACCCAUAACUCUGCAGUGCGUAGCCAAUGGCAUUCCCAAUCCAGCGAUCACCUGGUUAAAGGAUGAACGUCCAGUCAAUACUGCCAGUGGACACAUAAAGGCAAAGUCAGCAGGAAGAGUGCUUCAGGUAGUGAAUUCUCAGUUGGAGGAUGCAGGCAGAUACACCUGUGUGGCCACCAAUGCUGCUGGAGAGGCACAACAGCACAUCCAGCUCAACGUGCAAGAGCCCCCCACUAUAGAAAAUGGAGGAGAGACUCUGAAUGAGACUAUCAUCAUUAACCAUCUGAUCCAGCUGGAGUGCAGAGCAUUCGGAAAUCCUUUGCCAGCUAUCACCUGGUACAAGGACAGCCGUCCCAUCACCAGUGCUUCUGGGGUGACGUUACAGAACCGUGGUCAGAUACUCCAGAUAGACAAUGCCCGGGUGUCAGAUACAGGGAUUUAUAAAUGUGCUGCCAUCAAUACUGCAGGCACUACUGAGCUUGUCUACAGCCUUCAAGUGUAUGUACCCCCCUCAAUCUCAGGCAGCAGUGACAUAGUGGCAGUAGUUGUAAACAACCCUGUGAGGCUGGAAUGUGAGGCAAGAGGCAUUCCAGCCCCCAGCCUCACCUGGCUCAAGGAUGGCAGCCCUGUUUCUGGCUUCUCUGAUGGAGUUCAGGUUCUCUCUGGAGGCCGUGUGCUGGCCAUUAUAAGCGCUCAGAUCAGUGACACAGGGAAGUACACCUGUGUGGCUGUGAAUGCAGCCGGAGAGGAGCAAAGAGACACUGACCUUCGGGUCUAUGUACCGCCAAAUAUCAUGGGGGAGGAGCAGAACAUUUCUGUUGUCAUCAACCAGGUGGUAGUGCUGCAGUGUCAGAGCAACGCCAUCCCUCCGCCCACUCUCCGCUGGCUCAAGGAUGGGCGACCGCUCUUUAGGAAACCUGGUCUCACCGUGUCAGGAGAUGGAAGCACCCUUAAGAUUGAUGGAGCUCAAAUCCAGGAUAUGGGCCGGUACACAUGUGAAGCUACAAAUGUUGCUGGAAAAACAGAGAAGAACUAUAACCUGAAUGUGUGGGUUCCCCCAAGUAUCCGGGACUCCGAUGAAGUCUCUCAGCUCACUGUGACUGAAGGCAGCCUCAUAACUUUAGUUUGUGAGUCCAGCGGUAUCCCUCCACCCAGCCUCACCUGGAAAAAGAAUGGUGCUGUGUUGAAAGUGGAUUCCCGAGGCAGGGUGAGAGCGCUGUCUGGAGGAAGACAGCUCCAGAUCUCCAGUGCCGAGAAGCUUGAUGCUGCCUCUUACUCUUGUAUAUCUUUCAAUGUGGCUGGGGACACCAUGAAGGAAUACAACCUGCAGGUUUAUGUCCGGCCUACGAUCUUGAACAGCGGGAGCCGUCCGAGUGACGUGACAGUGACACGCACGAAUGACGUCACGCUGGAGUGUGAACCGCAGGGGAUCCCGCGGCCUGCGGUGACUUGGCUGAAGGACAGCCAGCCCCUGGUAAAUGGCAGAGGGGUGCUGAUUCUGAAUGAGGGCCACCUGCUGCAGAUCAAGAAUUCCCAGGUGUCUGACACAGGCCGCUACAUGUGUGUGGCCGUGAACGUGGCUGGACAAGCUGACAGGAAAUACGAUGUCAAUGUCCACGUGCCUCCUAGUAUCAGUGGAGAUUUGAAGUCCCCAGAAAACGUCAAUGUGGUGGUGAAAAGCCCUGUGGCCCUGUCUUGCGAGGCCUCUGGCAUCCCACUGCCUGCCAUCACCUGGCUCAAAGACGGGCGCCCCAUCAGCCUGUCCAGCUCUGUCAAGAUUCUCUCUGGUGGCCGGCUGCUGCGACUGAUGCAUGCUGCCGUGGAGGAUGCUGGGAGGUACACAUGUGUGGUGUCCAACACUGCUGGUGAAGAGAGGAAGAACUUUGACCUUCAUAUCCUGGUUCCACCAAGCAUUGGUAAUGAAGAGAAGCUGGAAGAUGUGAAAGUGAAGGAGAAGCAAAGAGUGACAUUGACGUGUGAGGUUACAGGUAACCCUGUGCCACAGAUCAGCUGGCAGAAGGAUGGGCAGCCCCUGGUUGAGGAUGAGCAGCACCAGGUCCUGUCUCACGGACGCUUCCUGCAGAUCUCCCACACCCAGGUGGCAGACACGGGGAGAUACACCUGUGUGGCAUCCAACACUGCCGGGUACAAAAGCAAGAAUUUCAACCUCAACGUGCUGGUUUCUCCUACAAUAGCUGGAGUGGAUGUGCAGGGGACCCCUGAAGAUGUGACGGUGACUCUGAACAGCCCCACCUCCCUGGUGUGUGAGGCGCAGUCCUACCCACCUGCCACCAUCACCUGGCUUAAGGAUGGAGCUCAAUUUGAAUCUAACAGAAACAUCAGGGUUCUACCCGGUGGACGCACCCUACAGAUUCUGAAUGCUCAAGAGGAGGACGCUGGGAGGUAUACCUGCGUGGCCACCAAUGAAGCCGGGGAGACCCUCAAGAAUUACGAAGUGAAAGUUAACAUCCCCCCUGUGAUAAGCAAAGAUGACCUCCCAGGUAUUGGCCUCUCUCCAAAGGAAGUGAAGAUAAAAGUGAACAACAGUCUGACUCUGGAGUGUGAGGCUCAGGCAAUUCCCACUGCCACCCUGAACUGGUACAAAGACGGACAGCCCUUGAGAGCAUAUGGCCAUGUUACAAUCACAGCAAAUGGACGUAUUCUCCAGAUCAGGAAAGCCCAGGUGUCAGAUACCGGUCGCUAUACCUGUGUGGCUUCGAACAUCGCUGGGGAGGAUGAAAAGGACUUUGAUGUAAAUAUACAAGUUCCCCCAAGUUUCCAGAAACCCACAGGAAUCAAAGACACUUCUGUGGACAGCAUCAGUGGAACUGAUAUCAAGGAUGUUGUCAUUAACAAUCCCAUUUCCCUUCACUGUGAGACCAAUGCCGUGCCCUCACCCACUCUGACCUGGUACAAGGAUAGCAAACCCAUGAGCUCUAGUGACAAAGUGCUGAUACUGCCAGGAGGCCGGGUGUUGCAGAUCCCCAGGGCUCAGCCAGAGGAUGCUGGGAGGUAUACCUGUGUGGCCACGAAUGAAGCAGGAGAGGACUCCAUUCAGUAUGAUGUCAGAAUUCUCUUUCCACCUUCAAUCAGGGGUGAAGAUGGAGAUCUGCCAGGCGAGGUCACCGUGUUGGUAAACAAGACCGCUAUGCUGGAGUGCCUGGUCGAUGGCAAUCCCACCCCGAAAAUCUCCUGGCUGAAGGACGGUCUGCCCCUGACUGAGAGCAAGACACACAAGCUGCUGUCCAAUGGAAGAACACUCCAGGUGGGUAAUGCUCAGGUAACAGAUACAGGGCGGUACAUAUGUGUGGCAAAGAAUGUGGCAGGGAGUGCUGAGAAGUAUUUCAACCUCAACGUACACGUGCCCCCCACUGUUAUGGGUAGGAACCCUGAGAAUGUGACGGUGGUCGUGAACAACUUCAUCUCUUUGACAUGUGAGGCUACAGGCUUCCCUCCUCCCACUCUUAGCUGGCUGAAAGAUGGCAAGCCAGUGCAGCUGAACAGUAACGCGCUCAUAAUGCCCGGAGGACGUACCUUGCAGAUGCCGCGAGCGAAGCUGUCAGAUGGAGGGAAGUACAGCUGUGUAGCAAUGAACCAGGCCGGGGAGAACGAGAAGUUAAUCUUCCUCACUGUGCUUGUUCCCCCCAGUAUAAGAGACCACAGUGGGGACAACCCUGCUGUUGUGAGCGUGCGAGUUGGAAACUCGGUGACACUGGAGUGCGAGUUGAACGCUGUGCCCCCUCCCAGCAUCACCUGGUACAAGAAUGGACGAAUGAUCACUGAGUCUGCCAAUGUCAAGGUCCUGGCAGAUGGACAAUUGCUGGAAAUCAAAAGGGCUGAGGUAUCAGAUACGGGACAAUAUGUGUGUAAAGCAGCCAACAUUGCUGGACAGGUCGACAAGAAUUUCCACCUCAAUGUUUAUGUCCCCCCCAGCAUUGAUGGCCCUAAAGAUGUGAAGGUGCUGGAGACCAUCAGUAACCCAGUGACCUUCGCCUGUGAUGCCACAGGGAUCCCACCUCCCACAGUGACCUGGCUUAAAAAUGGUACACCAAUAGGAAACUCUGAGUCCCUGGAGAUGCACAUUCUGUCGGGUGGCAGUAAGCUGCAGAUUGCCCGCUCUCAGCUCUCAGAUAGCGACACCUACACCUGCGUGGCAUCAAAUGUGGAGGGAAAAGCACACAAAAACUACUUCCUAACUAUCCAAGUUCCCCCAAACAUCACUGGUUCAGAGAUGUCCAGCGAGGUUAGUGUGUUGGUAAACGAAACUGUUAAGCUGGUCUGCAGUGCUGAAGGGAUCCCCAGACCCACAAUCAAGUGGCUGAAGGAUGGGAAGAAACUGAAUGUGACUGAAGCAAGAAGGAUAAGAGUUUCCCCAGAUGCCAGCACCCUGAGUAUUACAGGAGUGCAGACUGUAGACAUAGGGAAGUACACCUGUGUGGCCACUAACUUGGCUGGAGAAGAGGACAGGAUAUUUAAUCUCAACAUAUACGUCCCUCCAUCUAUCCAGAGUAAUGGGAAAAUCCCAGAAGAGCUGACUGCCAUACUGGACAGCUCCAUCAACAUUGAGUGCAUAGCUGCAGGCUCUCCCCCACCACAGCUCAACUGGCUGAAGAACGGCCUCCCUCUGCCCAUCUCCUCCCAGAUCAGACUACUGUCUGCCGGACAGGUCUUCAGAAUUGUAAGAGCACAGGUAUCAGACACAGGUACCUACACCUGCAUCGCUUCAAAUCGGGCAGGGGUUGACAUCAAACAUUACAACCUGCAGGUUUACGUUCCUCCGAGCCUGGACAACGCCAGAGGGGUGGAGGAUGUGACGGUGGUCCAAGGGAACCCCACCGCAUUGCUGUGUAUCUCUGAUGGCACUCCCACACCCACCCUGGCCUGGCUGAAGGAUGGCCUACCCCUGCAGCUCAGUGCCCAAACCACUGUGCUGAACCAGGGAAUGGCACUGCAAAUCACCCAGACAGAGGUGGAGGAUACUGGCAGGUACACCUGCAUAGCCAGCAACGAAGCAGGGGAUGACAGCAAGCACUUUAAUCUCCAGGUGCUGAACCCGCCCCAUAUCAAUGGUUCUGAUUUUCCUGAGAAGGUGUCAGUGAUUGUGAACUAUGCCCUGGAGCUGCUCUGCAUUUCCACUGGGAUCCCUGCCCCCAAACUCACCUGGAUGAAGGACGGCCGACCCCUCCCUCAAACUGAUGGCAUUCGGGUUUUGCGAAGGGGAGAGGUGCUCCGCAUAGCAAGCGCUCAGGUGGAGGACACAGGAAGAUACACAUGUCUGGCAUCCAGUCCUGCAGGAGAUGAUGACAAAGAGUUUCUAGUGCGAGUACAUGUUCCUCCCAACAUCGCGGGUACGAGCGCUCCCCAGGACCUCUCAGUGCUCCAGAACAGACAGGCGAUCCUGGAGUGCAAGUCGGACGCAGUCCCACCACCAACCCUUACAUGGCUCAAGGAUGGAGAGCCACUACAGGCCACUCCUCGUGUCCGCAUCCUAUCCAACGGUCGUUACCUGCAAAUCAACAACGCUGAGCUCGGGGAUGGGGCACAGUACACCUGUGUUGCCAGUAACAUUGCCGGGACGACAACCAGAGAGUUUAUCUUAGCUGUCCAUGUUGCUCCAGCUAUACAGGAUGGCCCCCAGACAGUAGCUGUGCCCGUCGACAAGCCUGCCGUGCUGGAAUGCAUUGUCAGCGGAUUCCCUAAGCCAAGGAUCACCUGGAGAAAAGACGGGGCCAUACUGGCAGGAAACAAUCCUAGAUACUCCUUUUCAGAAGACGGGUCUCUCCACAUUCGCUCAGCCCAGGUUACAGACAUGGGGCGUUACCUGUGCAUGGCCACAAACCCCGCUGGGACCCAGAGAAAGAGAGUUGACCUGCAAGUCUUUGUGGCUCCGUCUAUUGCCCAGGGCCCCACCAACGUCACUGUUACUGUCAAUGUCCAGACCACCCUGUCCUGCGAGACCACUGGCAUUCCCAAACCUGAUGUGUCCUGGAAGAAGAACGGCCGUCUCCUCAGCACUGACCAGAACCAGAAUAUGUACAGGCUUCUGUCUUCAGGAUCUCUUGUGGUGUUUGCCCCCACAGUGGAUGACACUGCAGUCUAUGAAUGUAUUGUGUUCAAUGAUGCUGGGGAAGAUCAAAGAUCUAUUGCGCUCACAGUACAGGUUCCUCCCUCCAUUGCUGACGAGGUGACAGAGCUGUUGGUGACGAAGCUGUCCCCUGCAGUGAUCAGCUGCACUGCGACUGGGGUGCCUGAGCCCACCAUCCACUGGAGCAAAGACGGGGUCAAACUGCUGCCACGUGGAGAUGGCUACCGAAUCCUCCCCACAGGGCCUGUUGAGAUCAGCACUGCCCAGCUGAGCCACAGUGGCAGAUACACCUGCGUAGCGAGGAAUGCUGCUGGAUCUGCCCACAGGCACGUCCAUCUCACUGUUCAGGAGACCCCAGCGAUCCAGGCGCAUCCCAGCACUGUAGACGUCAUUCUCAAUAACCCAAUCACCCUGCCCUGUGAGGCCACUGGAACUCCUCGACCAACCAUAUCCUGGCAGAAAGAGGGCAUCAACAUCCUCACCACACAAGGUAGUUUUACUUUGUUACCCAAUGGUGCACUGCAGAUAGCUCGUGCCAAAGUGGAGGAUGCUGGGACAUACAUAUGUGUUGCACAGAAUCCUGCUGGGACAGCCCUGGGGAAGACUAAACUGAGAGUGCAAGUUCCUCCUGUCAUUGUGUCUCAGACAAAGAGUUACACUGUGGCUCUGGAUAAAUCAGUCCUCCUGCUGUGUGAGGCUCAGGGCUACCCUGCCCCUGAAGUUAUAUGGCACAAAGAUGGACACCUGGUGACGGAGUCUGUUCGCCUGCGUGUUCUCAGCUCCGGAGCACUACAAAUAACCUUCGCCCAGCCCGGUGACACCGGCCGCUACACCUGUACUGUGGCCAACGUGGCCGGAACAAGCAACAUUGAGAUGGGCCUCAUUGUGCAUGUCCCACCAACUAUCCGCAGCUCCGAUACAGAGUACUCUGUGAUCGAGAGCUCCCAGGCGGUGCUGCCCUGCAUCGCAGAUGGGGUUCCACAGCCACUCAUCUCCUGGGAAAAGGAAGCAGUGCCCUUGACUGAUAUAUUAGGAAAAUACACUGUCAUGCAGUCAGGGGAGCUCCUCAUAGAUAAUGCUCAACCUAAUGACACAGGAAGUUUCACUUGCAUUGCAAGCAAUGCUGUGGGUCAAGAGAGCAAGACAAUGAGCCUAACGGUACAUGUUCACCCUGCCUUCACCGAGCUGCUGGGGGAUACUUCCUUAAACAAGGGGGAGCGUCUGAUGCUUUUCUGCGGGGCUGUCGGCGUGCCCACCCCCCGGAUCACAUGGGCCUUCAACAACAACAUUAUACCAGCACAAUUCGACAAUGUGAAUGGUCACAGCGAAGUUGUUAUUGAGAGAGUGAGCAAGGAUGACUCAGGAACUUACGCAUGCAUAGCAGAAAACAAUGUGGGCUCCAUCAAGUCAAUAGGCUUUGUGUAUGUCAAAGAGCCUCCAGUCAUCGAUGGAGAUUUCCAUUCAAACCGGAUUGAGCCGCUGGGAGGGAACGCUAUCCUGAACUGUGAGGUCCGGGGAGACCCUCCUCCUACAAUCCUGUGGAGUAAGAAAGGAGUCAACAUUCAGAUCAGCAGCCGCAUCCGCCAGCUCGACAACGGCUCCCUCGCUAUCUACGGCACUGUGAAUGAAGAUGGUGGCAGCUACAUGUGUAUCGCCACCAACGAUGCUGGGAUGGUUGAACGCAGUGUCACGCUAACCUUGCAAAGUUCCCCGACCAUCAUGGUGGAGCCUGUGGAGACGAUUGUAGAUGCUGGCACUACUAUUGUGCUGAACUGCCAAGCAAAUGGGGAGCCCCCUCCCACCAUCGAGUGGUCCCGUCAGGGGCGCCCCAUCUUGGGAGAUGACCGGAUCACUAUUCUGUCCAACAACUCACUGCGCCUGACCGGAGCUCAAAAAGAGGACACUUCGGAGUACGAGUGUGUGGCCAGGAACCUCUUGGGCUCUAUGCUUGUCAGAGUACCUGUGACAGUACAGGUGCAUGGUGGGUUUUCUGAGUGGCUGGAGUGGGCCCCGUGCAGUGUGACCUGUGGGCAGGGAGUUCAGAAGAGGCUCCGACAGUGUAAUAACCCUCUCCCAGCCAAUGGAGGCCAGCACUGCCUCGGGGCCGACACAGAGACACGCAGCUGUCAGAGCAAGCCCUGCCCAGUGGAUGGGAGUUGGUCGGACUGGCGGUCCUGGGAAGAGUGCUCACGUACCUGUGGCCAGGGAAACAGAACCAGGAUUCGCUCUUGUAGUAAGCCCCCUGCACAGCAUGGGGGCAGACCCUGCGUGGGGAAGGCCGUGGAGUCCAUUAUGUGCAACAUCAGACCCUGUCCUGUUGCUGGUAAUUGGGGUGCCUGGUUGCCUUGGGGCCCAUGCAGCGAGACUUGUGACAAAGGCACACAGACCCGAUUGAGGCUGUGCAACAACCCCCCUCCCUCAUUUGAUGGGCUCCACUGCGAGGGACAGGACACACAGACCCAAGUGUGCAAGGAGAGACACUGCCCAGUGGAUGGGAAGUGGACAUCAUGGGUGAGCUGGGCAGCCUGCAGCUUGUCCUGUGGUGGAGGGACACGUCAGAGAACCCGAGCAUGUGCCAGCCCCUCACCACAGUACGGUGGGCACCAGUGUGAAGGCAACGAUGUCCACAUUGAUUUCUGUAACAGCGAGCCCUGUCCCAUCCAUGGUAACUGGGGCCCCUGGAGCAGUUGGGGGAGCUGCAGUCGGACGUGUAAUGGAGGUCAGAUGCACAGGUAUAGAACAUGUGACAAUCCCCGACCAGCCAAUGGGGGUCGAGCCUGUUCUGGAGCUGACACCCAGAUCCAGAGGUGUAACACAGGCACCUGUCCAGUGGAUGGUAACUGGGGUCCUUGGCAGGACUGGAGUGAGUGUAUGGUUACCUGUGGUGCAGGUGAACGGAACCGGAUUCGCUUGUGCAACAACCCAACGCCAACCAAUGAGGGUCGGUCCUGCCCGGGAGACACUUCCCAGGUGUCCAGGUGUAACAUUCAGGCAUGCCCAGGUGGACUCCAGCAAGCAAGGGGAAGUGUUAUAGGAAACAUCAACAACAUUGAGUUCGGAAUUGCAAUCCUGAAUGCCACAGUCACCGACGGUGAGGAAUCUGGUACCAGGAUUAUACAGGCAGCCAUCACCAAUGUGCCCAGAAGCCUUGGUCCUGCAAUGAGAAAACUCAUCUCGAUCCUGAACCCAAUCUACUGGACCACAGCCAAAGAGAUUGGAGAGGCAGUAAAUGGGUUCAGCCUAACAGGGGGAGUCUUCCGACGAGAGACACAAGUGGAGUUUGCAACCGGAGAGAUCUUGAGAAUGACUCAUAUAGCACGUGGGCUGGACUCAGAUGGUGCUUUGUUACUGGACAUCAUUGUGAAUGGGUAUAUCUUACAGCUUCCUUCCUCUGCUGACAUCAAUGUCAAGGACUACACAGAAGACUAUAUCCAGACAGCCGCUGGCCAGCUGUAUGCAUACUCCACACGGAUGUUUAGCAUUGAUAAAGUGAGCGUGCCUUACUCCUGGAAUCAUACCAUCACAUACGAGACCUCCCGCGGACGCAUGCCCUUCCUGGUGGAGGCUCUCCACGCCUCCUCAAUCACUGCACAGUACCACCCCCUGGAGGAGACUCUGGAGUACAAGAUUCACGCCACCAUCGCCAAAGGUGAUCGAAGUAACCAGUGUCCAAAUGGUUUCCAAUUGGACUCUGCCGGACCCUACUGUGCAGACGAGGACGAAUGCAUUGCCCGUAACCCCUGCUCCCACACCUGCCACAAUGCCAUUGGAACAUACUACUGCUCCUGCCCCCGUGGACUCACUAUAUCGGCCGAUGGGAGGACUUGUCAAGAUAUUGACGAGUGCGGGCUUGGAAGGCAUACCUGCCACGCAGGUCAGGACUGUGAGAACACCAUCGGCUCCUACCGCUGCGUGGUGCGAUGUGGCCGGGGUUUCCGCAGGACACCCGACGGAAUCAGCUGCCAAGACAUUAAUGAAUGCCAGGAACUGAACCCGUGCAACCAGAGGUGUCUCAACAGCAUCGGCAGCUUCCGCUGCGCCUGCAACCCAGGGUUCCAUCUGAGCAGCAGGAGGUGUGUCGAUAUCAACGAAUGUAGACAGAGCGUGUGCCGUUCUGAUCAGCAGUGUAAGAACACACGAGGAGGAUACAAGUGCAUUGACCUGUGCCCCAGCGGCAUGACUAAAGCUGGUAACGGGUCCUGUGUUGAUAUUGACGAGUGCAGAGAUGGCACGCACCAGUGUCGGUAUAACCAGAUCUGUGAGAACACCCGUGGCAGCUAUCAUUGCACCUGCCCGCGUGGGUACCGCUCCCAGGGAGUGGGCAGACCCUGCCUCGAUAUUAAUGAAUGUGAAAGGGUGCCCACGCCAUGCGCCUACCAGUGCCUCAACACCCCUGGCAGCUUCAAGUGCCUUUGUCCCCCAGGGCGACAAUUACUAGGUGAUGGGAAGUCUUGUGCCGGACUGGAGAAGUUGCCCAACUAUGGCAGCUAUUCCGCUGGCUAUAGGCAAGCCCAGUUCCCUCCUGUUGGAAACCACCAGCGGCAGUAUCACAACCUGGCUUCCCAGACAUAUAAUACCAAUUCUGGCUAUAACAAUGUUAGAGCACCUUUCUCCAGAGCACACAGGAACACUAGAGAGACUUGCCCGGAAGGCUUUCAGGCAAGGGCUGGCCGAUGCAUAGAUAUCAAUGAAUGUGAAAAUAAAGAUGCUUGUCAGCAUGAUUGCAUGAACAUCCAAGGGAGUUACGAGUGCCUGUGUCCAGCAGGGUAUGGCCUCAUGGCUAAUGGAAAGACAUGUCAAGAUAUUGAUGAAUGCCUUGAUCAGAACAUUCAGUGUGGAGCCAACCGAAUGUGCUUCAAUAUGAGAGGCAGUUAUCAAUGCAUAGACACACCAUGUCCACCAAACUACCAGCGCGACCCAGGCACAGGGUUCUGCCUCAAGAACUGUCCACCCAACGACCUGGAAUGUGCCCUCAGCCCCUACGCCCUGGAGUACAAACUCGUCUCCCUUCCAUUCGGAAUCGCCACUAACCAGGACCUCAUCAGAUUGGUCGCUUACACGCAGGAUGGCAUUGUGCACCCCCGCACCACUUUCCUUGUGGCGGAUGAGGACCUCGCCAUCCCCUUCGCCAUCCGAGACGAGAACCUCAAGGGCAUUGUGUUUACUAUCCGGCCGCUGCGUGAGCCACACACAUACAGAAUGAAAGUACGAGCCUUGUCUUACAGCGUGGACGGAGCCAUCGAGUACCAGACCACUUUUAUUGUGUAUAUUGCAGUGUCUGCAUAUCCGUACUAGAGCACUUCAGAGGUUCCAUGACAAUGUUAACUGCCACUGCAAGCGAGAUCCUCUACCACUAAAACAAAAAAUUGCCACUUGCCAGCCUUCUCUACCUGGGAAAUCGGAUGCAUUUUUAAGGACUUCCUUGCAUAACUAUUUCUCAGUGUUUGCAUUAAAAAAAAUUGCCCGUAUGAGGCCUCUACAGUAAAUAACCUUCUGAAACAUAUACCACGUAAAUCCAGUAAAUGUUCCAGCGUGGUUCCAUCAUUAUGGAUUUUAUAGAAAUCAUUACAUAAAUCCCGUUGCAGUGCCUGCGAAUGGAAGUUUAACAACCCCUUGCGGUGAGAUAAAUAAACAUUUGAACUCCCCAGGUUCUCACCCUUUGCAGAAAUGUGUGUAUUUUCCUAAGUCGGAACUUGCCUUCUUUGAGAGCAAUGUGUUUGUGUGUGAAUGUAUGCCCCAGCUAAAGGGACCACACUGCUUUUAGGUGCAUGCAUGAUUGUUACAAUCUACAACUACCAUUUCUGCACCUUUUGCAAGGUUCUCCCCAGGAAUUUUGUACAGCCGGGCAGCAGAACAUUAUAGGCGGGAGCACUUUAAACUGAAAAAAUAAACUUGCCUUUUACCUUAAAUAUAUAAUACGACAAAGAUGUUGAAUAA